AUGCGCGCUCGGAAUAAAGCGCCGUCGGGCAAAAGCAAAACAGCAUUUUCCUCUAGCAAAAGUCUGCGUCGCGUGCUCGAGAGACGGUGUCCGGUCUUCCGUGUAAGGUCGCGGUUGCCAGCGACCCUCCGUCUUCUGGUAGAAGGGGCGCUGAUCUUGCCGCUGCCGUCGGACAGCUGGUCGCCGUGGAGCCGCGAUCGCGAGGCGAGUGAGUGGAGCCGCGAGGGCUGGGGCUGCUCGGCUGCUGCGAGUGAGCGGAGGCUUGCAGGGGAGCCUUCAGGCCUCGGCCGCCGCUCCUCCGUCGGCCUCGGCCCGCUAGCGGGUGCCGGGGAUCCCUCUGACAGCGGGGAAGAAAGGGGAGGAGGAGGAGGAUCUGGAGAGCCAGGACGGCUCUUCUCCCGGCCACGCACAUGGUUCAGUGGGCUCCCUUCCUAAUGCACACGAUCGUGUAAGCCUUAGCCUUCAAGCACACCAUUCUUCUGCUUAGCGUUUACGUCCCAUUUUAUGAGAAAAUUCGGGCAGAUUACAUUUCUGUAGUGCAAAAGGUGCAUUUUAGAGUAAAUGGGUUCAGGCCGUAGAUGUUUCUAGCUUUCCGAGACUCUAGCGAUUGCUACUCUGCAAAUUAGUGCUGUGCAACGAAAUGGAAAACCAAACGUGCACGAUGCUCAGUCUGUAGUAUUCGUUAUCUGACUUAGGUCAACGUACAUGGGCCUUCCCUCUUUCCCACCACCCCUUAUCCUCACAGCAAUACUGUGACGGUGAUAGGCUAAGAAUGAAUGGGUAACCCAUAAUUAUCUGGUGAAUUGUAUGUCUCUGAGGAUUUGAACCUAGAGGUCCACAGUCCUAGUCCAGUAUUCCAAGCAUGGAAACAUGCGGGUUUUAGAACUGAGCAUGUUGCAGGGCAAAUAAAACAGAUGCACUUGAAUUUGAUGCAUGGGCCUGUGAGAUAUGAGUGCAUACCCAGAACACGCCAAUGUUUAACUUCAGAAAUCCAUGGUGGUUCUUUUUUUACCUAAUUUUUUUUCUUAUCAAAUUGCUGGUCAUUACAUCUGAAGAGAUUCCAAGGGCCAGUUUAGACAUAAGAAUUCUGCUUAAUAAAAUAGGUUAUUAAGCCAAGAUCAAGGCUUGCACCAGCACACUCCCUCUUUUCCUCCCCUGCACUAGCUUCAGGGCUUUUAUUGCGGUUACUGUAAUUUUGGUCUUAAAAAGACAUCCUGAUAUGAAAUCACGAUCAACGUUAUCAUUCACAUGAUCUGUUCGGGUUCUGUCCUGUGAAACUCUUCCCCGAGGAGCUUUUGAAUGCUUCAUAAGCUUAGAGCAUAUUUUAAAAACCUUACUUUUAAAAAAGCUUUUUAUGUGCCCUAGUACUUUAAAUAUAAGUUCUGUGCUUGCCAUUUUAAUUCUCAGCAUAAUUGAAUGUAUUUUAGCCUAUUAAAUUAUGGCAGUAUUGUUUGGUAUACCACUUUUGAGGUCAUGUGUUAAGAAAAUGGUAUUAAGUAUCUUAAAGUAACAAAACAUGGUUUAUUUUAUGAUAAAUAGGAUAUUUCACAGCACACUGCAGAUAGUAGACAUUUUCCAUCAAAUAAGGUUGGAAAAUAGACAAAUAAAAAUAUGUUAAAAAUAACUAAUGUAAAAUCUGACGAUAUACCGUAAUUCAUAAUCAAAUUAGCUUGCUCAGAAUGGUUACAAAAUUCUUUAAUAACCAUUGAUUUUUACAAGGAAUUGAAAUGUACACCAGAUUAGGUCAAUGGAACAAGAUCCACCAGAGUCACAGAAACUUCAGCAUCUUACCACCUGCUGUCACAACCAUCAUUGCAGAAAAGAACAUUUGUCUUGCUGACUCUUCUUUUUUCCUCUUUCAGGAGCUUUACUCUUGUUGGCCACCAUGUUUGUGUUAGUGGAGAUGACAGAUACUGUGCGGAUUCCUCCAUGGCAGUUUGAAAGGAAGCUUAAUGAUGCUAUCACUGAAGAGUUGAAUAAGAAAUUAGCCAAUAAGGUAAAGCUUAAGUGUUGUAGGCCAUGACGGCUGACUAAAGUUUUUUAAUGGGCAACUAUUGUAAAUGUGAAGAUUUUUAGAAACAGACCAGUUUGUUGACUGAAAAUAGCAUCUGUGGCUUAGUGUUAAUAAAGAGUAUAAUGUCACAUGUAAUACUAGGCAUGAUGCAAAAUCACAUAACUUAACUGGUGUAAUUGCAGUGGCUACAGUAGUUUGCACAACUAUGGAAAAAUAACUACCAGAUUUUGACCAGUCUAAAUUCAGUAUCCAAGUGAGAUGCAUUGUAGUGUAAGACUAGAAAGUAAAUGGGAGGCAAAAAAUAAGUAGAAACUAGAAGUGGAGCAUCCGUUUAGGAAACACACUCAAAUUUCUUCUUAAUUAUCUCAUCUUUCUCUACUGCUUUUGCCAGUUGAGGCCAGCACGUAUAAAUAAUUUUCUGCUAAACAAUUAUUUUGAAUCAGUUCACCAGUUUGGUUCAUCUGCCCAGCUUUCCUUGUUCAUAAACUCUGGCAUAUUGUUUCAGGAAGGCUUAACACAUUUCCUCUAGUGGCUGGAAUUUAUUGCUCUCCGGAUUUUGUCUUCCCCACCCCCAAACAGGUUGUGUAUAAUGUUGGCCUCUGCAUCUGCCUUUACGACAUCACAAAACUGGAAGAUUCCUACAUAUUCCCAGGAGAUGGUGCAUCACAUACAAAAGGUUUGCCUCUCAUUCUUCUCAAUAUGAGUGCUUUGGAUUGGUAGGAGAGUUGACAACCACAAAAUUUAAAAGAGGUGCCUAAAGCAGUAUGAACACGAGUAGACAGCACUACAGUACUUUAAGAUCUCUAUUUUCUUUGUCGGAAUCUACGUUUUGCUGGUAAAGCAACAGAUACUUUCUGUAGCAAAUACAUUUGGGAACUGCUUCAUAGGCAGAAAUCAGAAGAAGUCCCUUUCAUUUCAUUUAAUCCUUAGAACUUGCUAUCCCUUAAGAGAGUUAUGGUGACACACUAGGUAUGCUGCAGUACCACAUUUUCUUACCUAUUGCCAAUAUUCUCAAGGAGGUAGGCUUGUUCUACAUGUUGAUAUUGAUGUUCUAGGCUGGAGAAAUAGAAAUAUGAUAUGCUGACCUAUGGCAGGGUUGGGGAGCAACUUCAGCAGGUGGACUAGAUCCAGAAGUGACCAGCCCUCCAUGAGCCACUUUGACAGGUGGUCACUUUAUUGGCCAUGCCUAUUGCUUAGACAUAUCUCCUGUGUAGGAUCUGAUGUGCAGGCACACAUUAAAAAGCAUGGUAUAAAUAGCUUGCAGUACCACGGUGUAUAUGCCAACUUUGGAAGCACGUUUACAAUGGGACAAUCCCAAGUAAGUGGGUGCCGGGUGCGGUUUAGGCUUUGUUUUCGGAUUCACAUUUGGAAAAGCAGGGUUCUUGUGCCUUUAAAAGCUGCGUCUCAACUAUCAGGCUGCCGGGGGGGGGGUGUUUUACCCACGCACCACAUGGCAGCCAUGUUGUGUUAUGCCGUGUCCCUCCAUGGCAGCCAUUUUGUAACUAGUGCCAACAGGGCUCUCAAAAUUAAAAACAUGCCAAUUGGUCAAAAAAAGUUGGUGAUCCCUGUCUUAAAUUCUCAACUUAUUACAAUGUUCUCCUUUAGAAUGCUGAUGGAUUUAUCAGUCAUGGAAUGGUGAUAGUAUAUUACUUGCAAUGUGCAUAAUAUGUACCUUUAUGCUCCUGCAUAAAUGACACUUGUUGUUAUCCUUUCCCUUGACUUGUUUUUGCUAUUUUUUUAUUCAUCAGUUUCUUACGGAAAAUGAAAGGUACUGACAGACUUUUUCCAGUGUGUAUUUCAGUUGUUCACUCUAGAAACUGCUGGUGUCUUGACCUUCAUUUAUCUUGUACAUCUAAUAUCUGACAAGACAAAUCUAAAAGACGACUUGGGUGCAAACAGGGCCACUCUAAUCUUCAUUUCCCUUACUGCUGCAGUUCACUCAGCACUGUCCUAUUUGCUCUAGUUACCGAUCAAAACAAGUCUAUUUUCAGUCUGCCAGGCUUGCAGAAUCUCAAAAAGCUGACACAGCUGCCCAGAAACUGGACUGAUAUGCUAUGCACAUCAUUAGAGCAAUGACAUAGAAGCAUAGAUUGAAAGCAUAGUUUUCCUUAGGAUUUCUCAGAUAGUUUUGGAGAGAUGGAGAGGUGCAAUUAAUGAUGUGCGAUCAUGGCAAUUUUGAAAUUCUUAGACCCCUAAACAUGAGUGUCUCCACUUAUACAUCCAGCUGUGUGCAUGUCUGAGUGUAGAUACUGGAUUUUGUCAAGUAGAGAAGGUCAGAAGCAAGUGCCAACUCCACCCACCCAUGCUUUGCCAGUAUCGUGGUUUUGGGUCUUUUGGUUCUGCCCUGCAUUUACUACAGCAUUUACACCUUCCCAUUGGAGCCCAUGUCCUUUAUUUAAAGAGACAAAACCCUUAUGCUUCUGUUAAACAACAACUACAAACAUUUUGCCACACUUGCUUUGGUGAUUGUAGGAACAGCCACUGAAACUUAGGAGGUUUUGGCUUGAAAUGGGAGUACCACUGUAUGGUGGUAUUUCAGCUUGCUCAGCCCAUUCAUUAUUUAUCAAAGUUUUUUCAGAAACUAGUAAAUAGCAAAAUGCUAGUACAGUCAUACCUCGGGUUACAGAUGCUUCGGGUUGCGCAAUUUUGGGUUGCGCACCGUGCCGAACCCAGAAGUACCAGAAUGGGUUACUUCCGGGUUUCUGCGCAUGCGCAGAAGUGCCAAAUCGCAACCUGUGCAGACCCGACACUGUGGGUUGCGGACGCGCCUCCCGCACGGAUCACGUUCACAACCCGAGUGUCCACUGUAUUGGUUUGUUAUUUUAGCGAUCCAUAGGGAGGGAGUGAAUCGUGACUUGUUCAAGCAGCAUAUUGUGUUGCUUUUUUCUUUUUCAGUGCAUUUUCGGUAUGUUGUGUUUCACCCCUUUCUGGAUGAAAUUCUGGUUGGAGUAAUAAAAGGCUGCAGUCUGGAAGGAGUUCGGGGUAAAUUUUAACUUUUACUAGUAAUUCACCAAAUAAUCACGGGAAUAUUGUGGGUAGGACUGCAGUGGGUGUCUAGAAUUAUGAAAUAUUAUACCAAGAUAACCAGUAGAUAUGUCUCAAAAGAAAGACUGUUCUAUUAAUAAAGUUUGAAGUUACUAUGGUUAAGAUGUUUGGAACCACUCCUUCAUAGCAGCAAAACAUUGCCAAAAGAACUGAACUUCAGUUUCUUUUCUGAAAAAUAAAUAAAUAAAAAUAAGUCAAUAGAGAACGAAAGGUGGAAAAACAUAUUUGAGGCUUAAAGUUGUUCUUUAUUGUCUUGAUGGAUAUUCUAAUUCUGCAUUUAUUAAAUUUACAGUACAGCGGAGAGAAUGCGGGACGUAGUUUCAGAUUCCUUAUUGGAUAUGCCACUAGGUGAUGACAUGAGGAAAGCUUAAAUCCUAGGAAUCACAUUGCAUCCAUCUUGCUUCUUUAUUAAUCUGAACUUCUUUUUUGUAGUUUCACUUGGGUUCUUUGAUGAUAUCAUCAUUCCUCCAGAAUCCCUACAGCAACCUGCCAAGUUGUAUCCUCUAAACAGCUCCGUGAUGCUAGAUGUCUAAAGAUGUAUAAUAUGAAAACUACUUCCCUUCAGAUGGAGUCUGUUUUUACUUAAUGCAAAAACCCCUAUGAGUAUGUUGCAAAACGUUCCAGUAGAUUGUCUGUUAUUUAAUGCUAGACUAAUAUUAACAUUAAGUCACUAUUCCAUAGCUCAGGAAAGCAUCCAUAUAAUUUUUGAAAAACUGGGUGUAUCCAACACUUUCACAAUGGAUCUUUCAUUUACCCUCAUCCCUGCCCCCCCCCCAGCUUAUUUAGAGAGGAAUUAUCAGACAUUGUGAGUUGUAUCAUCUGGUGCUGCAGGUGUAAGAGGUCAGGGUUGCAGGGCACAAGAUUCCUUCGCCUAAUCUUAGGCAACCUCCCCGGGCACAAACUCUGUGGCAUUGGAUGGACGCAGCCUUCAAUGUUUGGCAGGGCCCCCAGACUCUGUAGGGAAGCUUUGUGGAAACUGUUGGGGAAGAGAAAAAGAUCCAUUGCACAAAGCUGCCUUCUGCUUGCACAUUGGAUUCAACCCAAAGAUUAGUUGAGUUGAGGGCAGUGGUGCGAAGGGCAUUAAUAUGAAGAGAUCAGCUGAGGUUUGGGAAGCGGCAGUCCAAGUCAAACAUCUUCUUUGUUCCCAUCCUGAGACCUAUGGUUAGUUGCUGGAUUGAAUUCAGUUUUAUUGCUGCAUAACAUAAGAGACACUUAUUAGCAGAUCUAGCAUGGUCUGUGUUCUGUGAGAAAACCUUGUACAGGGGACAGCGAAAUGCAUUUUCCAGAAUGCAUUUAGGAUAAUUUGCAGCAGAAAAGUUUCCAUUGCUGUUGAAAGUGAUCUAAUUUAGCAUUAUUUUACUUGUACUGUACUUAAGUUACAAAGCUGUGAGAGCCAAUCUCAGAAAAGGGAUUUCAUACUUGAAUUUUAACUUCUAUGCCUUCUUAUCGCACUGUUGCCUUAACUCUCUAUGUGCCCAGUGAUGAAGCAGAACAAGUAUGGGUUUGGGAAUAUGAGACCGAAGAAGGAGCCCAUGACCUGUAUAUGGAUACAGGAGAGGAAAUCCGUUUCCGGGUGGUUGAUGAAACUUUCAUUGACACAUCCCCAACAGGCCCAAGCUCUGCAGAGCCCUCCACCUCUAGUGCCACAGAGGAGGUGCAGAAGAAGGAAGCCCCCUACACACUAGUGGUAACUAUUUAACACUACUCCUUUCUACAUAGGCUUUUGAAAUAUCCUUUCACUACCUAAAAGUAGUCACAUCCUUGGUGACAGGAUGUAGACCUUAUUCUUUCAACUAUUUAUAAUUGUGAGGAAAGGGUAUGUGAGGAUCUCUACGUGCCCUCAGAAUGAAAAACUCAGAAAUCAGAAUACUGCAGAUUAGAUGGAUAACCCAGAUUUUCAUGUGCUAAAUUCUAACAUAUAUUCUUUCUCUGUGCAGGGAUCUAUCAGUGAGCCUGGUCUGGGUCUCCUAUCCUGGUGGACAAACAGUUAGCCAAAGGGAGAGACUUCUACAAGAUGGGCAUUUACCAGAUCGGAAAAGCCAGUGUGUGCAUUUUUCUCUCCUUAGAAAGCAACUGCAGAAUGGAAACACUGUGUUUCUAUUUCUACUUUACCCUAGUUUUGAAGUAGAAGAUGAGUGGGAACAUCCAGUGUGAUGUCAUCCACACAGAAUAUUUGCAUACCAUGGCCCUGUCAACAAACUGGUGGUUGAUCUUUCUACCUAGCAGAACUGGGUACAAGAACCUAAGAAGAAUCUGCUACCCUAGAAGAAAUUUGAGACAGGAUUUGUGUUUAAAGCAGAUGCAAGAAGAAACUUUGAAACACUUCAGUCUAGAAGAAACCAGUAGUGAUUUGAGAGGUGGAGAGGAAUGAUGUUAUGAAAGCUUGCAGUCAUUUUACUCAAUCCCUCUUGUUCCUUUCCCCCAUUUGGAUGGAGGUGUUUUUGACAGUGGAGGAAAUUCAUGCCCUGGCUUUUAAAGGUCACAUACUGAUAAGGAAGACUAGUAAAGCUAGGGCAAGGGUAAGAAUCGAAUCUAUAUAGCCAUCAGGCUGCCUCCAAUGGGUCCUCCUGAAUAUCUUGGAACUAUUUGCUUAACCCCUGGCAAAUUCAGUGAGCCACUGUACUUGCAGAACACUCUAAUAAAUGGGGUUAGUAAGUUUUCAGUGUUUAGAGAGCAAACAAACCUUGUUAGCUGGCCUUCUUAAUCUUGCUGUCUUCCAUGAAAACAUGUGGCUUGAGUUUGUUUUUAGCUUAGAAAUGUAGAUGGAUUAUAGCCUUUUUUUCCUCUACAGAACAAAAUUCUAAUGAAAGUUGCUGUAGAUGUGAAUGACAUCUCAAAACUCAACAACUUUUGUUGACUUUUUGUAUAAGGAGGCAGAUGUUCACAUCUUGAAGUAGAUAAUUCUUCCUUGGGCAUUGAAUAGGAGUGCAAACAUAGACAAUGGCCAUUCAGUUUUUGGUCUUUGACUGCAUUGUAGUGGAAAAUAUAGAACAUUGGGCAGCAGUGCAAAAGGCACACAAAGAUACAAUCAGAAUACACAAUAAAAACAUUCCUACGGCAUCAUAGGACUAUACAUGUGGACCACUAAUGCGAAAAGCAAAGCUAGGUCUACCAGAGCAUCAGGUAAUAAAUAUAGCUCUUCAUUUUAAGAAGGGCUUUUGACGUACACAUCUUCUACGGUAACAUACUUGAAUAGAGCCUGCUUCUUGAUGGCAAUAUAUCUGGCUUACAAGUGCACCAGUGAAGCCGCUCUGCCUUGGCUGUUCCUGCUUCAAAGCCUUGAUUGGAGGUUUUAAUGCUGUAACCCACUGAGGGUUGUGCAGGACAUCUGCUUCUGAUGUUCCUAUGCGAGGGGAUUACUGUAGAGCCAGUGUUUUUCUAAUAAAUAUUGCUAGUGUAUAAUGGCUGGAACAGCAGCUUUGGUUAUAAAGGAUAUGAGUUAACUAUACAGCCAGAGAAGUGGCAAUGCCAUCAGGUUUUUGACUGCUUUUCAAUGAAAGCCUCCUGAAAUGGAGGUACCUGAAGUUCCAAUAAACUUUGCACUGGUUUAAA